UAUGAGUGUAGAGUAAGAGUAUGAGUACCGUUACGGGGCAUGCGCCUGCAGCCACCAUAUCCAAUGGCCCCGCCUUUCACGGUGCAAACGAUGCCUUUGGGAUUUGUCCUCGCUGGACCAAUGAGCGUACGAGUCUAUCAUAUGCGACGGGAGAGGUGAGGUUAUGAAAACCGACGUGGAAGGGAGCAGACAGGAAGAAGGGCAGUGAGGGGAGGGAGAAUCGAGAGAAGCGAGGGGUUCCGCAGAUCGUGUGGGAGCAGGGAAGCAGACAACGAAUGCGACUACGAUUGCUUACGAAACCUUGCGACGUCAACGUCUAACAAAACUUUAUUUAAAACAUUUGUAGUGCUUUUUAAAAACAAAUGAAAUACAGACGUGUAGGAUUAAAAGUUUGUUCAAGCUUAUAGUGAAAUUGUGUAGUGACAGUGUCUACGGCGUGUUCGAAAACGUGAUAGGUGUGACUGCGCAGUCGCCAUGUGCAGUAAAUUUAAAAGAUUAAAAGUGACAUUUUAAUAAGCAAUCUAUAUAAGAUGGCAAGGAAAAAAGACAUUGAAUUGCUAACAAUAUAAGAGUGGGAAGAAUACUUCUUAGAGGAAGUUUAGCUUCGAAUAACGAAAAGGUUUAAGAAAACAUGACAGAUGUUAAACCAAUUGGAAUCUCUCAAAAUCAGCCACAACAAGCACAACAACAGUCUCAACAGCAACAACAACAAACCCAGCAGCAACAGCAACAAACUCAGCAGCAGCAGCAACAGCAACAACAAGCUCAAUCACAACAAAUGAUGAUUGCAACCCAUGAUAUUCAACAACAGCAAAAUGUACAGCAGCAACAACAGCAUGUUCAGCAACAACCAUCUCAGCCACAACAAGUACAACAACAAGGACAGCAACAAGUACAAUCUCAACAAGUUCAACCACAACAACAAAUUCAACAACAAGUGCAAUCACAGCAACAAAUGCAGGUGCAGCAGCAAGUACAGCAACAAGUGCAACAGCAAGUGCAACAACAACAACAACAACCACAGUCUCAGCAACAGCAAUCAAGUAGUGGACCACACAGUGUUGUUCCUACUCAAGUACAGGUACAGCCACAGGUAGCAGCAAUUAUGCCCCAGCAACAGGGUGCUGUUGCAGUAUCAAUGCAACAUCAACAACAGGGCGUUGGAGGUGUAUCUAUGACUUUAUCUGGGCAACAAGGAGCAACAACUAUUACUACCAUGGCUGCACAUCCACAAGCAGUGCAAGUAAUUCAACAACCUAUGCAGAAUCAAGCAUAUCAUUUACAGCAACUUUAUAAUACCCAAGGAACUCCAUUGUUGAUGCCAGGGAAUUUAGCUCUCCAUCCAGCUGGCAUAAAUCCUUCUUCUAUACAGGUCAUUACUGCUGGAAAGCCAUUUCAAUCUGCUGCCCAGUUAACACCGCAUAUGUUAACUACUGCAUCAACACCAGGUCAAGGAGGUGGUCAUCCAGCAGCUGGAGGAACUAAAGUUCAAGGAUUUCCUACAGGUUAUUUACCAGUACCUACUUCUGCAACACCUGGUGCAGGACAAACUCUGGUAUUUGGUCAACUUGGUGUAUUGGGUUCUCCACAACCACCACCGUCUAUACAACAACAGCAGCAGCAACAAUCUGCAAAUAAACAAGAUCAAGUACAAAAGUAUACUACGUGUACAGCGGCUACUCCAUCCGGCGGACGAGGUGGUAUGCAGUUUGCUCCUUGGCAAUUUACACCACAAGUUGCUUGGACUGGAAUACAGCCACCAGCACUUUUAACUAAUCAAAUAUUUAUUAGAGGUCCUAGUCAACCUGAUAUGUUUAUACAAAGUCCACAACCAAUUCAAGCUCAUAAUGCACUAGCUACGCAACAACAAAUUCAGGGAGUACAACAAAUUGCUGCAGCUAGUGGGAAACCAAAGGUAAUGGAUAUACAACAACAGCAACAGCAACAGGGUAAACAGAGUACAGGUGGACAACGACCUUUGAGUAUUUUGCCGUCCUCGUCACUAGCAGUACAAGCUGCUAAUAUAAGAGCUGCCAGUUCUGUUUCAACACAAACUGUUCAUGGAGUACAAGCUACGGUACAUGUACAGAGUGGAAAAGGAAGCGGUAGUAGCGGUAAAAGUCGUGGUAAACCACUACAAUCGCCGCAACAACCACAGCAACAGUCACAGCAAACGAUGCAACAACAACAUCAACAGGUUUUUAUUCAACAGAAACAGCACACACAGCAGCAACAGCAGAUGCAACAGCAAUAUCAACAACCACAAGUGCAACCAUCACAACAGCAAAUACAACCUAAACCAAUAAUGACAAAUAUGGCUCUACAGCAACAACAACAACCAGGAGUAGUUCUUGGUGGCGAACGUCCGAUUAUGCCUGUAGUUUCGGUGAGCGGAGUUGGUGUUGCUACGUCUCAAAUGAAUCAAGUACAACAGUCUCCUAUGUCCGCUGUACAACAAUUACCGUUACAGGCGAUCAAUUCGACAAUAAUUGGUAGCCAAAUAGUUAGUGGUACAUCGCAAGUUCAAACAAUGUCUAUGAUAAAUCAAUCAACAGAUCAGCAAACACAUGAUAAUAAUUCGGCAAUAAUGAUCACGUCACCUGAUCGUAAUCAUCAAGCUGAAUGUUCUUUAGUAUUACCAUCUACUGUAAAUACCACAGCAGCAAAUGAAGAAAACUCUAAAUCAAUAUUAAAAAAAGAGGAAUCAUUACCAGUUACAAUAGAAGAAAUUACAAUAUCUCAACCCGAAACGACAGACGGGGACCAAUCUAAGGUAGUUAUAAAAGAAGAAGAAAAUUCAUCAAUAAAACUGGAAGAAAAACCUUGUAGUAAUCCUUUAGCAGGACUAGCAAAUACAAUUAAUUCUAUUACGAACGGUGUCAACAAUGAAGACUCAACAGCAAUUCCUGUUUCUAUAUCAGUUAAUGCAAACAGUAAACAUGUGCCUCCAAAAGCAAUGGUCAAACCUCAAGUCCUUACACAUGUAAUUGAAGGUUUUGUCAUUCAAGAAGCAUCUGAACCAUUUGCUGUUAAUCGAACGUCAUUAAAUAAUACAGUUAAUCAAGAAACAAGUAAUAUUUUAAAUCGUAAUAGUAAUUCAUCCUCUGAAAAAGAAAAUCACGAAGAACCUCCAAGAAAGAAACAUGCACCAAAUUAUCCCAAUGAUGAGGAUAUGAAUAAUGUUCACAUUGGAAAAUGUGAAGCUUGUGGUAAUUUAAUAGAUGAACAAAACACUAAAUUUAAAAAAGAAAAACGGUUUUGUUCUUCUGGAUGCGCAAAAAGUAAGAAACGAGAAGUAAGAGAUCGUGAUGGUACUGAAAAACAGUGGACUGAUAUAGAGACUGAAUCAAAAAGUGACGGAGAUAUAAAGAAAAAUGGAGAAGAAAAGUCAUUAUCUACUACAACUACUAGUUCUUCUAUUGAUGAAACACUGCCAAAAGUUAAUCCUGUAAAAUGGACGGUUGGUGAAGUGUGCGAUUUUAUACGCGGAUUACCGGGGUGUGCUGACUACGCAGAAGAUUUUGCUAUUCAAGAAAUAGAUGGUCAAGCACUUAUGUUACUCAAAGAAGACCAUCUUAUGUCGGCUAUGAGUAUUAAAUUAGGUCCUGCACUGAAAAUCGUAGCCAGAAUCGAUUCAAUGCGUGUGGAAUCGUCAAAUUCUAACCCCACAUCUAAUAGUUCGUAA